AUGGAUGAAAAGUUGAAAGAAGAAAUAGAUCAGUUAAACAGAGAAUUCGACAAGACAUUUGAGAGUUUGAGAAAGGCAGAUUCUACAAAACAGGAGCUUACCGCACCCAUAUCUUAUGAACAUUUUGAAGCUCCUCUUGAGAAGAUCCAGUUGCCAGCAAGUACAGAAGUUGUACAAAAGCAAAAUGUCCAUAUUCAGCCUUCCUUUAAAGCUUUAAAUACUGCUGAAUCUAAAGCAAAAGAUACAGUACCAAAACCUGUUGCUAAGAAAAAGAUAAGAGUGUCUCUAAGUGCAAAUUCCAAGGCCCGUGUUGUUCCAUCAUCAAGAAUAGGAAGAAUGAUUUCAUUUGGUUCUUUGGCAGCAGGUCUAGGUGUCGGAACAGUAGCACAAUAUGCUCGUAAUACUAUUCAAUCUGUCACAGGCCGAGUUGAAGAUCCUGCUAAUGCUUUUUUGUCACCUGCUAAUGCAGAGAGAAUAGUUGAUACAUUGUGCAAAGUUCGCGGAGCUGCACUUAAGCUAGGUCAGCUUUUGAGUAUUCAAGAUGACACUAUGAUCUCUCCAGAAUUACAAAAAAUAUUUGAGCGAGUACGCCAAUCUGCAGAUUUUAUGCCAACUUGGCAAGUGGAGAAGGUAAUGAGUUCCCAGUUGGGUCCAGAUUGGCGUAAUCGCAUACGACACUUUGAGGAGAAACCAUUUGCAGCUGCCUCUAUUGGCCAGGUACAUUUAGCAGUACUUCAUAAUGGCCAAGAAGUAGCAAUGAAGGUUCAAUAUCCCGGAGUUGCGAAAGGUAUCAACAGCGACAUCGACAAUUUGGUUGGAGUAUUAAAGGUGUGGAACGUCUUUCCCAAGGGUAUGUUCAUCGACAACAUAGUGGAGGUUGCCAAGAAGGAAUUGGCGUGGGAAGUAGAUUAUAUCCGUGAGGCGGAAUGCACCAGGAAAUUCAAACGCGCCCUUUCACCGUAUCCAGAGUACUUCGUUCCGGAUGUUAUCGACGACCUGUGCGCAUCCGAAGUGAUGACCACGGAGCUUAUAGACGGCACGCCGCUGGAUAAGCUGUUCGACGCGCCAUACGAAGUCCGCCACGAUAUCGCGUACAAGAUAAUGCAGCUAGUGUUACGCGAGAUGUUCGUGUUGCGUCUGAUGCAGACAGACCCCAACUGGGCGAACUUCUUCUACAACCCGAGUACCAAGCAGGUUAUUCUACUAGAUUUCGGGGCGACUCGAGAGUACUCCAAGGAGUUCAUGGACCAGUACAUCGAGAUCAUCAAAGCCGCGUCGGACAGCGACCGCGACGCCAUCUUGCGGAUGUCGCGAGAAAUGAAAUUGCUCACCGGCUAUGAGUCUAAGAUAAUGGAGGAGACGCACGUGGACACGGUGAUGAUAAUGGGCGAGGUGUUCACGAGCGAGGGCGACGGCGCGUUCGACUUCGGCGCGCAGAAGACCACGCGCCGCAUACAGGCGCUGGUGCCGACGAUCCUCACGCACCGGCUGUGCCCGCCGCCCGAGGAGAUCUACUCGCUCCACCGCAAACUGUCCGGCGUGUUCCUCCUCUGCUCCAAGCUGAGGGUGCGCAUGAACUGCCGCGACAUGUUCCGCGACAUAUACGCGCAGUACAAGAGCGGCGGGCGACGA